AUGUCGAAGAUCACGAGUCUGAAGCAGGAAGAUGUAACGUUAGGUGAGGUUUCAGAGACGAGGGAAGAGGCGUUUUCAGACAAUAAACUCGUGUUGGAAACUUGUCGGAAAAGGAAGAGAACAGAUGAAGAAGGUGUGGAAGAAGACAAUGACGGAUUCAAAACACCAACUCGUCCGGAGAAUAGAAUCCCUGAGGUCAGAGAAUGUCCACCGGCGCCAAGAAAAGGCGAAAAUAAGUAUUCGACGAUGCACAGAGGUGUAACAAUGUCGUGUCGUAGACGGUUGGGCUUUUCGCCGGGAAAUGCUUCGUUUAUAACGGAUUUGCAGUGGAGGACGACGACCAUGACGAUCAAGAAAUAA